UAUGGAAUGACUGAAAUGGGAACAGUAGCUAAGUCGUUGGCACUUGCAAAGAACCCGUUCAAAAUCAAGUCUGGUUCGUGUGGGACUGUGAUCAGGAACGCUGAGAUGAAAGUAGUCGAUAUCAUUACUGGAGUCUCCUUACCACGCAACAAGCAUGGCGAAAUCUGCAUCCGAGGCGAUCAACUUAUGAAGGGUUAUUUGAAUGAUCUGGAAGCUACUGCACAAACCAUAGAUAAAGACGGGUGGCUACACACAGGAGAUAUUGGGUUUGUGGAUGACGAUGAUGAGAUCUUUAUUGUUGAUCGUUUGAAGGAACUAAUUAAAUUCAAAGGCUAUCAAGUGGCUCCAGCUGAGCUUGAAGCCUUGCUUAUUUCUCAUCAUUUUAUUGAGGAUGUUGCUGUUGUCGCAAUGAAAGAUGAAGUAGCUGGUGAGAUUCCAGUAGCGUUUGUGGUUAGAUCAGAAGGGUCGAAGCUCACUGAAGAUGAUGUCAUGAGUUUUAUCAACAAACAGGUGGUUCACUACAAGCGAAUUAAGAUGGUGUUUUUCACUGAUUUCAUUCCUAAAGCUCCAUCCGGGAAAAUAUUGAGGAAAGAUUUAAGGUCAAGACUAUCUAAUGGCUUGAUGAACAGAAGUUAAAAAAUCUUAUCUAAUACAAAAAUAAAGAAUGUGUUGAUGAACAAAGUAAUA